AUGUUUCUAGCCACAUUGAAGCAAGAGUAUCCUGAAAUCAACAAGGCCUACUUCAGGCAAGAUAACGCCGGCUGCUACCACUCCUCCCGCACGUUAACGAAGUGCCAAGAAAUUUCAGCGAACACCGGAGUGAAGAUAGUCCGCGUUGAUUUCAGCGACCCGCAAGGCGGGAAAGGGGCUGCAGAUCGACUAGCUGCGAGCUGUAAAAGCCACAUUAGGGCAUUUAUUAAUGAAGGCCAUGAUGUCUGCACCGCCAGCGACCUGAAGGAAGCUCUGCUAUCCCAUGGCGGUUUGGAAGGUGUACGAGUGGUUUCUCUGGAUACCAUCGAAGAAACGCCAGACGAUGUGCAAACCAUUACAGGAAUCACCAAGUUGAACAACUUUGAGUUUAGUUCAGUGGGCUCUAUUUCCUGUUGGCGUGCAUAUUCCGUCGGCCAAGGGAAAGUGAUCAAAAUUGAAAAAUCCUCUUCUGGUGAGUUAAUGGUUCUUGAAUGAGCCCAGGCCUUUCUGCUAGUUUAUGACAGUCUGUUCUGUAAGGUUUCUAUUAAUAAGGGAAACAUUUUAUCCACAAUGCAUCAUAAAAGACUUUCCAUAAGAGAUUAAAUGUUUACAAAACGCUGCUCAAACAAACAAAACACAAGAAAAAGGGGUGAGUAUUUUAAACCCCUCUUACACGGUAUUCUGUCGUGGGCUGCCUUUGAGGGCUACGCGUUGAUGCAAGAUAAUUAUUUCUUAGCUGUGUGGCUGUCAUAUUUAUAUUUCUCUUAUAUCUUUUGAAGGUCCUGGACAAGGGAUUCUGCAGCCAUCAUUUUCUGCAGGAGAUUUCCGUUCCUAUAAAAGUACCCCCCACAAAUCGUCAGGGGAAGAAAAUGUGUCUGAAGAGACAGCUUCCAUAGAACGUGGUCAGGCAGCAGGGGUGUAUUCAUGUCCUCAAGACGGCUGCACUCGUGUUUUUCAAAGGCUUUCAGCCUUAGAAAAGCACUUGUCACUUGAAAAAUGUACCAGGGUACCAGAAAAAAAUUCUUUAAUGGACUUGGCAAAAAUUGGCUACAAAUCGUAUUUGGUGGAAGGUGUGGGAAAGCUGCCAUCGCUUCAAGCCCCUGUACGACAGGAAGAUUCUCGUGUUUCUCUGAAAGAAGGAUGGGCUCUUAGAGUAGUAAGGAAGGCUUACAGGUUCAGUGAAAAGCAAAAGUCGUACCUUUUAUCUAAAUUUCGAAUAGGGCAGACGACAGGCCACAAGCUUGACGCAGAGGUAGUUCCUCGAGAAAUGCGGCGUGCCCGGGGCACCGAUGGUGCACGACUAUUCCAGUCAUCGGAAUUCCUCACAACCACCCAGAUCACCUCCUUCUUCUCAAGACAGAGUGCCUUAGUACGCCAGAGAGAUCCUGAUGAGGCUGAUAUCCGAGCAGCUCAAGAGGAGAGUAAUUUUAGCGAAGCAAAGGAGACUGUCGCGUCAAUACAACUUGACCAUCCCCUGAUCUACGAUCAGUACGAUCUUUGUGAAAUGGCGCUAAAUGACUCUUUGAAGAUCUUGAAGCUACCCAUGCUGCAGCACAUGUGUGAAGACCUUGGCCUCGAAAUACCAUCAAAGCCCACGCGUAAAAAGGCCCCGUACUUGGCUCUACUGAAAGAGAUUGUCAGCAAAUGUACUUGCCAAAAGUCAUCGUGA